AUGACUUAUAUGAAGAACGUUUCGGAACAGGAAGAAGGAGGGACAGAGAAACCUGAAAUUUGUGGAGCAAUCGAGAUAACUUCGGUACACUUCACAUAUCCUUCCCGGCCUUCCGAAAAAGAUCUAAGUUUGAAAAUUGAAUCUGGAACGAAUGUAGCAAUCGUCGGCGCCAGCGGAGCUGGAAAGUCAACUAUCGUUGCUCUGCUUGAGCAAUUUUACAAGCCUUCUAGCGGCUCUAUCACACUUGAUGGUAAUCCUAUAGAAAAAAUUGAACGCGAAUACUACCAUGAAAAGCUGUCCAAAUUUUUGCCUUUUGCAUUCGUGUGUAGGCUGGAAGGCUCAAAAGAUAGAUAUUCUAAUGCAUUCGCGCAUCAAUUUAAUUAUUCGUUGCCCGCGAAUUGCGCCAACUACAAAACAGAAGCGUAA